GAGCCCUUAGGCGGGGAUGCCCUCACCAACAUACCCAAACUCAACAUCGUCAUCAUGGGCUUUGGCAGCCGCGGCGACCUCGAACCAACGUUGGAAAUCGCCAAAGUCUUGCAGUUUCAUCACGGCCAUCGCGUGAGAUAUGUCACUCACGAGCGCCAUCGCCCCCUUGUCCAGGCUGCCGGGAUCGAGUUCUACUCUUUGGGACGAGCUGAUCCACGGGAGAUGAUCUUCCGCAGAAGUCUUGGCGCAGCAGGAAUGCGCAAACUGUUGCCUCAGAUUCAGGACGAGUUCUCUGAGAUGGGAAAGAGAUUCUGGGGAGCUUGCAUCGAUGAUCUUGCUGGGAUACCUGAGGGGACGUCGCCGGAGCCGUUCGUUGCCGAUGCCAUCAUCGCUACUAUGACGACUUUUGUGCACAGCUCAGCUGCUGCUAGAAUGGGCAUUCCUAUUCAUCUACAAGCGAACAAUCCUCGGAUAUACUCAAAGUACCUGCCACAUUCACAAGCGGAGAGCUCUGCGACGAGCGACUCGGUCGUCAGGAAUGUGCUCUCGUGGUUUUUUCUCAUGCUCAACUCAGGUCUCAACCGGCUUCGUGUUGAUACCAUGGGCCUUGAGCCUUUCUCGCCUAUUUGGUGGACCAGUCAAUUCUUCCGCUUCAAGCUGCCUUGCACCAACCUUUGGUCUCCCCACCUCCUUGCAAAGCCUGCUGACUGGGGUGAUGAGAUCGACACCGCUGGCUUUGUCUUUGCAGACCCCGAACCAUAUACUCCGCCCGCUGAGCUGACGAAGUGGCUUGAGAGCGGAGACGAGCCCAUCUACGUCGGCUUUGGGAGCAUGUCGUUUCUAAAUACGCAACAAGUUCUUCAAGCUGUCUUUGACGGCAUCGCCAAAUCUGGACGGCGCAUCAUAUUUGCAAAAGGAUGGUGCGGCAUUGACUCUGGUCUGUUCCAGAGAGAUGACAUCUUCAUUGUCGACGAGAUAUCACAUCAUUGGCUCUUCCCUAGAGUCGCGGCCGUCGUCAUUCACAUGGGAGCCGGAACAUUUUCACUAGCUCUCAAGCUUGGAAAGCCCAUCAUCAUGAUUCCUAUUGCUGGAGAUCAGCCGUUUUGGUCUCACCGUGUGUUCCAAGCCGGGUGUAGUCCAGAGCCGAUUCCGCUUGAAGGUAUCACCUCUGAUCUGGUCGCCACGAGAGUUCAGGAGGCAUUAUCAGCUAAAAUUGGUCAAAAUGUCAAGUUUAUGGCAGAGAAGAUGUCCAAAGAAGAA